AUGGGUCUCACUUGGGCAGAAGAAGGCGAGUGGUACGUAUGCAGAACUGACGGAUGCAAGAAAUUCGCUGCAGAGAGAGGAGAAGCUUGCCGCCACUACUCAGAGGAUCCAUCCAAAGGAGGACAUGGCAUCAAAGGCAGAGCAAUAAAACCAGAUCAGAAAGUCAAAUUGGUCAAGGACGCGUAUAUUAGACAGCUUGUGGGCGACGAGUACUUCCAACGCCGCCUCAAAGAACGCCCUAAAGGCGAGAGAUCCGAACUCAAGAAAGCAAAGUGUGCAGCGACCAAGGCGGAAAAGAAGGCGGCACGUUUGGCGGCUCAAGUCCAAGCGAAUAAGACCUCCACCAGCGAAGACGAUGCAGACAACGCGCUGGAAGGGGCGGGUUCUGGUGGAAGCGCCCUUCCCACCCCUGGCUCAAAUCUCAAUCAACACACUCAAGGGCCUGCACAGCGAAGCCAAAACGCUCCAACGACGCGAUCGAGCUCCCAAGUCUCACAAGCUGGUGCACUACCUAUGUAUUCGUUCGUGCCACUUCCUGUCACUGACAUGCCAAACGUGCCAGGUCUGAGCAUCGACGAUGUAGAAGACACCGUCAUGAACGAUGUGGAACCUGAAGAUUUUACCGGCAGUCACGAUGAAGCUGGUAAGCAGGACGAGUCUGGAAACGCCGAUGGUUCCGGCAAUCACGAUGGACCUGCCGAACUGAUGGAGGUGGAUGGAGACAGCGCCAAAAUUGCUUACCAAACGUGCCUACGCACGCUGCUCGGUAUGCCUCGAGAGAUCCGCCAAAUCAUCAUCGAGUAUUCGUUCGUUCGAGGCAUGCAGAGACGCGACAAAUCGACCUCGCGUGUGCUGGACACCACAUUACUCCGAGUCUGCAGAGACCUUCGAUUCGAUGGGCUAGACGUACUCAGAUCGCGCAUGACGAUCAUCCAGAUCGUCGUACAUAGCCAGCAUAUGGCCUUGAUGGAGGAUCUGGUCAACUGGGUUCGGGCUCUUUCCGUAUUGCGGAUGGAUCACCAACUCAACGAGAACAGAUAUCUGACCGAACUGAUCCCAUCGGUCACCAUGGACGUACAUCUGAAGAAAGCCGAGCCAGAGCCAGCGCCUGCUGAAGCAAGGCUGGACACAUUCGGACAACACGCCUAUUUCGGUGGGCUAAGGUUGCCAGAUGCUUCGUCCGAUCUGGACUCGGACUCAGACUCAGAAGACGAAGCUGAUCCACCAAUGCCGGAUAUCCACAUCCCACUCAACUUCAAGUUCGCCACGGAGGCCUGGCUUGACCUCAUUGAGCACUUACAGCUCACCGCCGCAGACGGCGUCCUUGAGCGACUGCACGUCACAUUCGGCAACCAUAGCAUGAUCCCCUCGCAGCGCAAUAACGCUCUGACUGCGCUAUGGUCGCUUGGAAUCCUCCGCAACGUUGGUGGCGGCGAUGUUGGUAACGUGGGGAUCCACAGUAAGGCGCCAUGGUGCGAUGAACUCCAUGAACCCGCCAGACAAAACGCCAUUCAACCCGCCAUCCGCCGUCUUCGCCGACUGAUGGUUUCUCACAAGAGAGGCACACCAGGAAAGAACCGUCCUGAGAUGGAGGAGCGCAUGGAAGAGGCCAUAAAGAAGCUUAGGAGGCAUUUCAGAGCCCCGAGCGUCAAGAAGGACCUGGAAGGCGCCUAUGGCGUGUUGAACGCAUUGAAGCGUUACUGGACUUACUGA